AGUCUGUAAACCAGUUUUCUGAUCCACACUCCGGAGCAGUAAUGCACAAAUACGCUGGAUCCCAACCGCGAUAAAAACAGAAGAAGAAGAAGAUGAAUGCGUCAUAGAGAGGCGCCGCUGGUGCUAGUUUAAUGUUGCUCGGCGGAAAGGCCAACAGUUUUUAAUAACAAUUUAAUCGUUACGCUGGUGGUCAAACAUGGGGAAGUCUUUUGCUAAUUUCAUGUGCAAGAAAGAUUUUCAUCCUGCAUCAAAAUCCAACAUUAAGAAGGUAUGGAUCGCAGAGCAGAAGUUAACCUUCGACAAGAAGAAGCAGGAGGAGCUGAUGCAGGCUUAUGUGAAGGAGCAGGACACAUACAACAACAGACUGCUGAUGGGAGACGAUCGUGUGAAGAACGGCCUCAAUUUCAUGUAUGAAGCACCUCCAGGAGCGUCUAAAGAGGAGACUAAAGAGGAUGGAGAAUCUGAGUACAAGUUUGAGUGGCAGAAAGGAGCUCCUCGUGAAAAGUAUGCAAAGGACGACAUGAAUAUUCGGGAUCAGCCUUUUGGCAUUCAGGUGCGGAAUGUGCGCUGCAUUAAGUGUCAUAAAUGGGGUCACGUGAACACGGAUCGUGAGUGUCCCCUCUUUGGCCUGUCAGGGAUCAACGCCAGCUCUAUGGCCAGUGAUGAAGCAGGUCCGUCGAUGCACCCCUCCGAGUUAAUGGCAGAGAUGCGAAACAGUGGGUUUGCGCUGAAGAAAUGUGUCCUCGGGAGGGACAGCACCAUGAGUGAUCCAGCACAGGAGCUUGUGGCCAGUGAGGAAGAGGACGACCCUGAGGUGCAGUUCCUGAAGUCUCUGACUACCAAACAAAAGCAGAAACUGCUUAGAAAACUUGACCGGCUUGAAAAGAAGAAGGAGAAGAAGAAAAAGAGUAAAAAGGAGAAAAAGAAGAGCAAGAAGAAGCCGAAAAAGAAACAAGCCAAGAGUGAGAGUUCAUCCAGCAGCUCAUCAGACAGCAGCAGCGACUCUGAGGAUGAGAAACACUCCGGAAAGAAAGCCAAGAAGAAGAGCAAGAGAAAGAGGGACUCGUCCAAUGACAGCAGCUCUGAGAGAGACCGGGAGAAAGACUCCAAACACACACAUUCACAACACAGUGAGCACAGAGUUCAGAGGUCAACGGACAACAAGCACAGCAGAGAGAGAGGUAGCGAGAGACCCAGGAGCCCUCAGCGACCCAGAGAGGAGAGAGAGAGAGGUAGAGAGAGACACGGGAGCAGAGAGGAGAGCGAGAGAGGUAAGGAGAGAUACAGGAGCGCGAGCAGGGAGAGAGCAAGAGAGAGAGGAGACCGAGACAAGGGCGAGAGGGAGAGAGAGAGAAACUCUGAUAGAAAUGUCAGGAGGAGGAGUGUCAGUCGGGAGCGAGGGAGGGGCGGAGAGAAACACCGCAGAAGUGAUAGCAGAGAUGCAGAGAGGAGGACCGAGCACAGCAGAGGGAAAUAGCUGGAAGAGGAUGGUCAUUGUCUUAUCUCUGAUUAAAGGAAUAAAUCAAAACUUUUUCAAUUUUCUCACCCUUAUGUUAAUUCAAACCCUAAACACUGAGAUUUUUUUAUAUAAAUAUAAUAAACUUAAUAGAGACUGUGGCUGUCAAGUUUCAAAAUGACAAAGCAGCUCCAUAAAAUGA